AUGGCCUCCAUACUUCCUGCCCAGCGGUCGACAGUCCAAUGCCUCCAGCGCAGCUUUACUUCUCCGGCCUCGUUUAACAGCAUGCUACGAACAUCUGUCUCACAGUCGAGAAGCUCGCUAUUAUAUUCAUUCCCCACUACUUCUUCCCGCACAAUCGUCACACGCAUUGCUCGGCCGUUCACUGCUCCCAAAUCUACACGCAGCCAAGGCAGCUUGCAGCCUCAGCAGUCCGCUCCCGUAGAACAAGCCGAUCCUCUUCCACUCACUAAUCUACCAUAUUUCAUCCGUCGAACCCCUUCGAACCAACUGCCCAUUUAUCUCGUUACGAAAGCAGGCGGAACAAAGCAAGAGACUCGAGUCCGUAAGACGGAAGGAGACCUUAAUGCUCUUCGCGACGAUUUGGUGAAAUACCUUGGUCUCGAAGCUAAGCCGUCAGAUGUAUAUAUCAACCAGACAAACGGACACAUUACAAUAAAGGGAUGGCGAAAGCCAGAAGUUAUGCAAUUCCUACUUGAUCGACGAUUCUGA